ACCCACCUUGAUCGACCCCCACCCACGCCCCCUCCCUCCCUCUCACCGCCAUGGCCGCAGUCACGGCCGCGGCCGUCUCCCUCCGCGCCGCCACCGCCGCCACCUCCACGCCGUCCAGCGCGCCGCAGCACUCCCACUGCAGCUUCCCGUGCGCGGCAAGAACGACCGCCGUCUCCCGCCGUAGCCUGAGCUUCCGGGCGCAGGCCGUGUCCACCGAUGCGGCGGCGGCGCCGGUGAAGGAGAAGAAGGUGUCGAAGAAGCAGGAGGAGGGGGUGGUGACCAACAAGUUCCGGCCCAAGGAGCCGUACGUGGGCAAGUGCCUGCUCAACACCAAGAUCACCGCGGACGACGCGCCCGGGGAGACGUGGCACAUGGUCUUCUCCACCGACGGCGAGGUGCCCUACAAGGAGGGCCAGUCCAUCGGCGUCGUCGCCGACGGCGAGGACAAGAACGGCAAGCCCCACAAGCUCCGCCUCUACUCCAUCGCCAGCAGCGCCCUCGGCGACUUCGGCGACGCCAAGACCGUCUCGCUGUGCGUCAAGCGGCUCGUCUACACCAACGACGCAGGGGAGGUCGUCAAGGGGGUCUGCUCCAAUUUCCUCUGCGACCUGAAGCCCGGCGCCGAUGUCAACAUAACAGGGCCAGUAGGCAAAGAGAUGCUCAUGCCUAAAGACCCCAAUGCUACUAUUAUCAUGCUCGCGACAGGGACCGGCAUCGCGCCGUUCCGGUCAUUCCUGUGGAAGAUGUUCUUCGAGAAGUACGACGACUACAAGUUCAAUGGCCUGGCCUGGCUCUUCUUGGGAGUCCCCACCAGCAGCUCUCUCCUCUACCCGGAGGAGUUUGGGAAGAUGAAGGCGAAGGCGCCGGACAACUUCCGGGUGGACUACGCGAUCAGUAGGGAGGAGACCAACGCGGCGGGGGAGAAGAUGUACAUCCAGACCAGGAUGGCAGAGUACAAGGAUGAGCUGUGGGAGCUGCUGAAGAAGGACAACACCUACGUGUACAUGUGUGGGCUGAAGGGCAUGGAGAAGGGUAUUGAUGAGAUCAUGUUGCCACUGGCUGCAAAAGAAGGGAUCGACUGGAUAGAUUACAGGAAGCAACUGAAGAAGUCGGAGCAAUGGAACGUCGAAGUCUACUGAUUCUUGUGUCUUACAUUCUUGUGCAUAUGUGCCGACGCACGCCUAUUCGUGCGAUCGAAAAAGAUUGAUGUACGUACAUAAUAAAAGUAGAUAAAGGGUUUAUUUCAACUCCCAGAUAUA